ACCAUGGCGCAGAAAGGACAACUCAGCGAUGAUGAGAAGUUCCUCUUUGUGGACAAAAACUUCAUUAACAGCCCAAUGGCCCAAGCCGACUGGGUGGCCAAGAAGCUGGUAUGGGUCCCCUCAGAGAAGCAGGGCUUUGAGGCUGCCAGCAUCAAGGAGGAGAAGGGUGAUGAGGUGGUCGUGGAGCUGGUGGAAAAUGGCAAGAAGGUCACAGUGGGCAAAGAUGACAUCCAAAAAAUGAAUCCACCCAAGUUCUCCAAGGUGGAAGACAUGGCAGAGCUGACGUGCCUCAACGAGGCCUCUGUGCUGCACAACCUGAGGGAGCGAUACUUCUCAGGCCUAAUCUAUACCUACUCGGGCCUCUUCUGUGUGGUUGUCAACCCCUACAAGCACCUACCCAUCUACUCAGAGAAGAUUGUGGACAUGUACAAGGGCAAGAAGAGGCAUGAAAUGCCCCCUCAUAUCUAUGCUAUUGCCGACACGGCCUACAGAAGCAUGCUACAAGAUCGUGAAGACCAGUCCAUUCUGUGCACAGGUGAGUCUGGAGCUGGGAAGACAGAGAACACGAAGAAAGUAAUCCAGUACCUGGCUGUGGUGGCGUCCUCACAUAAGGGCAAGAAAGAUAGCAGCAUCACGGGGGAGCUGGAAAAGCAGCUUCUACAGGCGAACCCAAUCCUGGAGGCUUUCGGCAACGCAAAAACCGUCAAGAACGACAACUCUUCUCGCUUUGGCAAGUUCAUUCGCAUCAACUUUGAUGUCACUGGUUACAUCGUGGGUGCCAACAUCGAGACAUAUCUUUUGGAAAAAUCUCGGGCAAUUCGCCAGGCCAGGGACGAGAGAACGUUCCACAUCUUUUACUAUCUGAUCGCUGGAGCCAAGGAAAAGAUGAAAAGUGACCUGCUUUUGGAGAGCUUCAACAGCUAUACAUUUUUAUCCAAUGGCUUUGUGCCCAUCCCAGCUGCACAAGAUGAUGAGAUGUUCCAGGAGACGCUGGAGGCCAUGUCCAUCAUGGGCUUCAAUGACGAGGAACAGCUAGCCAUCUUGAAGGUGGUCUCAUCCGUCCUUCAGCUGGGAAACAUUGUCUUCAAGAAGGAACGAAACACAGACCAGGCAUCCAUGCCUGACAAUACAGCUGCUCAGAAAGUUUGCCACCUUGUGGGGAUUAAUGUGACAGAUUUCACCAGAGCCAUCCUGACCCCACGUAUCAAAGUCGGACGGGAUGUGGUACAGAAAGCUCAGACCAAAGAACAGGCUGACUUUGCCAUUGAAGCCUUGGCAAAGGCCACCUAUGAGCGCCUUUUCCGGUGGAUUCUCAGCCGUGUGAACAAAGCCUUGGACAAGACCCAUCGUCAGGGAGCUUCAUUCCUGGGGAUUCUGGAUAUUGCCGGGUUUGAGAUCUUUGAGGUAAACUCCUUCGAGCAGCUGUGCAUCAACUACACCAAUGAGAAGCUGCAGCAGCUCUUCAACCACACCAUGUUCAUCCUGGAGCAGGAGGAGUACCAGCGCGAGGGCAUCGAGUGGAAUUUCAUCGACUUCGGCCUGGACCUGCAGCCCUGCAUCGAGCUGAUUGAGCGGCCGAACAACCCUCCGGGUGUGCUGGCCCUGCUGGAUGAAGAAUGCUGGUUCCCCAAAGCCACAGACAAGUCUUUUGUGGAGAAGCUGUGCUCAGAGCAGGGCAACCAUCCCAAAUUUCAGAAGCCCAAGCAGCUAAAGGACAAAACCGAGUUCUCUAUCAUCCACUAUGCUGGGAAGGUGGACUAUAAUGCAAGUGCCUGGCUUACCAAGAACAUGGACCCACUAAAUGACAAUGUGACCUCACUCCUCAAUGCCUCAUCCGACAAGUUUGUGGCUGACCUGUGGAAGGAUGUGGACCGCAUUGUGGGGCUGGACCAGAUGGCCAAGAUGACUGAGAGCUCACUGCCCAGCGCCUCUAAGACCAAGAAGGGCAUGUUCCGCACCGUGGGCCAGCUCUACAAGGAACAGCUGGGGAAGCUGAUGACUACAUUGCGUAAUACCACGCCUAACUUUGUGCGCUGCAUCAUCCCCAACCAUGAAAAGAGGUCUGGAAAAUUGGAUGCAUUUCUAGUGCUAGAGCAGCUGCGGUGCAAUGGUGUAUUGGAAGGCAUCCGCAUCUGCCGUCAGGGCUUCCCCAACAGGAUUGUCUUCCAAGAGUUCCGGCAACGCUAUGAGAUCCUGGCAGCAAACGCCAUCCCCAAAGGCUUCAUGGAUGGAAAGCAAGCUUGCAUUCUCAUGAUCAAAGCCCUUGAACUCGACCCCAACCUAUAUAGGAUUGGGCAGAGCAAAAUCUUCUUCCGUACGGGAGUCCUGGCCCACCUGGAAGAGGAACGAGACCUGAAGAUUACUGAUGUCAUCAUGGCCUUCCAGGCAAUGUGUCGUGGCUACCUGGCCAGAAAGGCCUUCACCAAGAGGCAGCAACAGUUGACAGCCAUGAAGGUGAUCCAGAGGAAUUGUGCUGCCUACCUCAAGCUCCGCAACUGGCAAUGGUGGAGACUCUUCACGAAAGUGAAACCUCUAGAUGAGGAGAUGGAGGCCAAGCAAAACCUGGAGCGCCACAUCUCCACGCUAAACAUUCAGCUCUCAGACUCUAAGAAGAAGCUGCAGGACUUUACCAGCACCCUGGAGGCAAUGGAGGAGGGGAAGAAGAGGUUGCAGAAGGAGAUGGAGGGCCUCAGCCAGCAGUAUGAGGAAAAGGCUGCCGCCUAUGACAAACUGGAGAAGACGAAGAACAGGCUUCAGCAGGAGCUGGAUGACUUGGUCGUGGACUUGGACAACCAGCGACAACUGGUAUCCAACCUGGAAAAGAAGCAGAGGAAAUUUGAUCAGUUGUUGGCCGAGGAGAAGAACAUUUCUUCCAAGUAUGCGGAUGAGAGGGACCGAGCUGAAGCAGAGGCCAGGGAAAAGGAAACAAAGGCUUUGUCCCUAGCCCGGGCCCUUGAGGAGGCCCUGGAAGCCAAAGAGGAGCUGGAGAGGACCAACAAGAUGCUCAAAGCUGAGAUGGAAGACCUGGUCAGCUCCAAGGAUGACGUGGGCAAGAAUGUGCAUGAGCUAGAGAAGUCCAAGCGCGCCUUGGAGACCCAGAUGGAAGAGAUGAAAACCCAGCUGGAGGAGCUGGAGGAUGAGCUGCAGGCCACUGAGGAUGCCAAGUUGCGGCUGGAGGUCAACAUGCAGGCCCUCAAGGGCCAGUUUGAACGAGAUCUCCAGGCUCGAGAUGAGCAGAAUGAGGAGAAGCGGAGGCAGUUACAGCGGCAGCUGCAUGAGUAUGAAACAGAGCUGGAAGACGAGCGGAAGCAGAGGGCUCUGGCAGCAGCAGCCAAGAAGAAGCUGGAAGGGGACCUGAAAGACCUGGAGCUCCAGGCUGACUCAGCCAUCAAAGGGAGGGAGGAAGCCAUCAAGCAGCUUCGAAAACUGCAGGCUCAGAUGAAGGACUUCCAGAGAGAGCUAGAUGAUGCCCGUGCCUCCAGAGAUGAGAUCUUCGCCACCUCAAAGGAGAAUGAGAAGAAAGCCAAGAGCCUGGAGGCAGACCUCAUGCAGCUCCAGGAGGACCUAGCAGCAGCUGAGAGAGCUCGCAAGCAAGCUGACCUGGAGAAGGAGGAGCUGGCUGAGGAGCUGGCUAGCAGCCUGUCAGGAAGGAAUACGCUGCAGGAUGAGAAGCGCCGCCUUGAGACAAGGAUCGCCCAGCUGGAGGAGGAGCUGGAGGAAGAGCAGGGCAACAUGGAGGCCAUGAGUGACAGGGUCCGCAAGGCUACCCUGCAGGCUGAGCAACUGAGCAAUGAGCUGGCCACAGAGCGCAGUGCAGCUCAGAAGAAUGAGAGUGCAAGGCAGCAGCUGGAGCGCCAGAACAAGGAACUCCGUAGCAAGCUGCAGGAGGUAGAGGGUGCUGUCAAAGCCAAGCUCAAGUCUACUGUGGCGGCACUGGAGGCUAAGAUUGCGCAACUGGAGGAGCAGGUGGAGCAGGAGGCCAGAGAGAAACAAGCUGCUACCAAGUCACUGAAGCAAAAGGACAAGAAGCUGAAGGAGGUCCUGCUGCAGGUGGAAGAUGAACGCAAGAUGGCAGAACAGUACAAGGAGCAGGCAGAGAAAGGAAACGCCAAGGUCAAGCAGCUGAAGAGGCAGCUGGAAGAGGCCGAGGAGGAGUCCCAGCGCAUCAAUGCCAACCGCAGGAAGCUGCAGCGGGAGCUGGAUGAGGCCACUGAGAGUAAUGAGGCCAUGGGCCGAGAAGUGAAUGCCCUCAAAAGCAAGCUCAGGUGAGGA